CCCUGGAUGACGAAGGGUGAAGAAGGGUGCCUGCUUUGGGGAUGAGCACAAGCCAAAGAAUGGAAGCCCAUGAUUAUUAUUGGGAGGAAGCUAAGAAAUACGGAGGGUGAAGUCAACAUUAUACGGAGAACAGGAGCGUCUCCCUGUUUGAAAUGGCCAUCCAGAUCAGUUUCCGAAGCCUUUAUCUUGAUAUCUGGCCCUCAGGAGUCACCUGGGAAAGUGAAUGAACUCUAGCGAAAACCAUCCAAUACCAAUUUCUUAUUCUCUGGCUUAGCAACUGACUAGCCUCCCAGGAGUUAGAGGAUGUAUCCUCACGCAUGCGCCGAGCUCCACUUGGGCUAGUCCAUUAGAAAAGAAGGCCAAGGGGGUGGGGGUGGGGGCAGUUAAGAAGGAGUGUUACGUAAAGAGAAAAGAGAGGGCGGAGACAGGGCAGUGGAGGCGGUCAUGCCACCCACCCAAUGGGAACCUGUCUUUCCUCUCUUCCUCCCUUCUUUCCCCGCCCUUCUUUUCUCCUCCCGUAUUGAUUUCCGCUUCUGCCGGCGUCGAUGAACAGUUGCGGCUUCUGUUUGGUCAGUGGUGUGCGGAGGUUCUCUCUCUCGCCCUCUGUCCCCAGCGUUCCAAGGGUAGUCGUUGGCCGCAAGUCUCGCGUCGUCAGCGCGCGUUUUCUCUCCUGUCCGCCUCGCGCCUUUAGGAAUCUCUUUCUUUCUCCCUCCCCUUUCCUCCCUCCCCCCACUCCCGGCUGGACCGGGGGAACCGUUGCCCUCAUCUCGACGGCGGCCCCCUUGGACUCUCAGCCUGGGCCACCUCCCAUGCCCGGAGCCAGUAGCGCGAUGAAGCACCUGCCUUAUUUCUGCCGGGGGAAGGUGGUGAGGGGCUUCGGCCGAGGCUCCAAGCAGCUGGGCAUCCCCACCGCUAACUUUCCUGAGCAAGUUGUUGAUAAUCUUCCAAAUGAUUUAUCUCCUGGAAUUUACUAUGGUUGGGCCUCUGUUGGAAAUGGAAGUGUCCAUAAGAUGGUUUUAAGCAUAGGAUGGAACCCAUACUACAGGAAUCUAAAAAAGUCUGUGGAAACUCACAUUAUACAUACCUUCAAAGAGGACUUUUAUGGGGAAAUCCUUAGCAUAGUCAUCACUGGCUACAUCAGACCAGAGAAGAACUUUAGUUCAAUUGAUGCCCUUAUUUCAGCAAUUCAAGAUGAUAUUGAAGAAGCUAAGAAACAGCUGGAUUUACCAGAACAUUUGAAACUCAAAGAACAUAAUUUCUUCCAUUUGCCAGAAAGCAAAAUAAUGAAUGGCCACUGAUCAUUUUAUUUUCUUGUUCACUUUUGUUCCUUGUAUUCCACUACUCUUAUCAUUGCUGCAGCCUUGUAUUUGGUUAGCUUAAGAAAAUAUUCCCAAUAUCUGUGAAUUAGUUUAUACAAUACAACGUAGUUACCAUUUUAUGCUUAAAUGAAUGUUACAUUAAACCCAUCAUGCAGCAGUAUGAAAAAAGUUCAUUUAAAAAUCAAGCUUUUAAAAAAUAUGUUGAACUAUACAGAGGCUUCAUAAAACACCACAGUAAAAGCAGAGAGCAUAAAAGGGUCUUAAGUCUUUUUAUGACAAAUAUAUGUAUAAAUGUUAAAACUAGCUGGCUUAGCUAUAAGUCAUUUACUGAAAAUGAGAAUAGAUGUCACGCGUGGUGAAGGAUUUGUGUAAUACUAAUGACUUACAAAUAAUGCUACUAGACCGAGGUGCCAUGGAGAAGUAAAAGAAGCAUUAUGAAAAGCUUUGGCAGAUGCCCUAAAAGGAAGAAAUGGUAGUGUUUGUGUGUUUGAUAUAUGUAGUGUAAUAUAUUUUGUUAUAGAUAAGAUUUUGUGAAACUUCAUUUUGUUUUGGAUUAUUUAUUAAAAAGAAGUUUCUUUUUAGGGUCAAAUAAUUGCACUGUUUUCCAUUUGAUAUUUAUUUUCUUGACUCAUAUUGUAAGGGCUUUUGAAUCUUAAAAAAAUAGUUCAAAGCUAUAACUCAUUUCCAUUUGUGUUUUCUUUUUCCUUUUUUCAUCAUAAAGUGUUUUCUUUGUAAUCAAAAUUAUUUGAACCUUUUAUUCCUUAAGCUUUCUUUCCAUUCAUAUUUUCCAAUUUAUGAUCUUUCUGCAGAAUGUAGCAACUCAUUAAAGGGGGAGGGGUGGGAGUAGUCAGAAGUAAACAGUUGGUUUAAAAAAGCCAAAGUUUAACUAAUGUUUUUCUAGAGGGAAAACAUUUAAGGGCCAAUUAAAUUAUAAAAUAUGUUUUAAAAGUUAUUUAACUUAUUUUAAAUGUGAUUAUGUUGUCAAGCAUGUGUAAGCUCUGCUGUAGUUAUGUAAUUGCAGUGUUAAUACCAGUCUCACUAGUACCUGUAACUUGAAAAAAGAUUUAGGGUUUUUAUAGGUUUCUUUAAAUCUUCCCCUCUUAAUUCCAUAUACUUGUUUUCAAAUAAAUACCUGAUUUAAAAAAAAAAUAAAAAGAAAUUUGGAUUAUUAGGAAAAUAUACCCAUAUGUAAUUUGUUUUUUGUAUGUAAUUUGUUUUAAGCCCCUAAAAUAACAAGAUUAUCUCUAGUUUAUAAACCAAAAGAGAAAGUAAUAGAGAUCUUGGCCAUCCCUAAAUCACUUCUUUUAACUUAUCUUAAAGGGAACUUCAUUGUAUAGUGCCUUAAAAAUCAAAAUGUGCAGUAGACAUUCUUAGAAUGUUAUAAGAAAAAAGUUUAGGCUUAUAAACAAUGAUAUCCCUUGAGGAAAACUACUGUAUAAAAAAAGCAAAAACUAAUGGAGGAUAAGAGGAUGACUCACUUAAAUUAAGUGUUUUAGAUUACUUUGUAAAGACUUGUUUUGACAACAAAGCACUUCAGGGGAUUAUUGCUUUUAUUUUCUAUGUUUUAAUAUUUAAUCAGCAAACCCAUAAUUUGUCUAGUAAUAAAAUAUUAGUGACUUUAGAAAGUAGAGAUUCAAAGCAAGUACAACUUGCUAAAGGGUAGCUUUAAAAUUUGGCUUUAGAAAAUUAAAUCACUUGUCUUGCUAGCAUUUUGUUAGAUGUCAGCCAUUACUUUUUGAUUAGACAUUUAUUCAUUUUGAUGUUUGGAUUUUGGGGAAUUAGUUAUAAAACACUGAUAAUUUACAAUGUACAAGAAAAUAUAUUACUUGUGGGGGGUGGUUUUGGUUAACAAUCAAAUAUUUUCAGAAAUUAAAAUAAAUCUUGAUUUAAUGUUGA